GACGCGGGCCAGCUCGCGCGGCUACUGGUCGAGUGCGCCGCCGCCGGGAUGCCGCCUGUCAAAGGCUGCAUCAACGCGCCAUGGCUUUGCAUGUAGGUCCCGCUUCUCUUAUCUUCUUCUCCACCCCCAAUCCUUCCAUUGCCACAUCCUCUCCAGCUUCAGCACUAGCACCACGACCAGGACUCCGUCUUCGACAACAUGACACACACGCGAUGGUCAGCGACCAUCGACUCCAAAGUGUCCGCGAGCUGGAACCUGCACACGUCGCUCCCAGACACCAUAAACUUCUUCAUCCUGCUAUCCUCACUCACGGGGAUCUACGGGCUAAUCGCACAGGGGAACUACGCAGCAGGGUGCACGUUCUAGGACGCGCUGGCUGCGACACACAGCAGGUCGGCGUCGUCGUGCCGCUCCGUGUUGCUCGACCUCGGCUGGAUGUGCGCCAUCGGCAUCAUCGCCGAGCGCGACGACUACCGGCGCAACUGCGAGAACGCGCGCGACACGAACCCCG